UAGAACAAGUAAACAACUUAUACCAAAAAUGAUGAAACUUUGUUUAAAAGAAAUCUCAUCUACACGUGAUUGCAAUGCUCCAAUAACCACCGUCGGCAUCACAUCCUCCGCCACCCGCCACCAUCUCCUCACCGGAAUUCAUUUUCUCCGAUCACAUUCAAUUCCUCUUAUCACCAAUUACACCAACACACACACACACACAAUUGUAUGUUAAUCCUACACACGCUCACGCAUUUCAUCAACUAAAAUCGUGCAAUUUUUCAACCAACCGAUCUGUUUAACAUGGGCGAUUCCGCCGCCGCAGACGGCGGCGAUAACAGAAGAAACGCCGGCGAAGAAGUUUCUAGACUUGUGGAACAAAGUAAAGAGUUGCAGGAAUCAGCGUCGACGUUAAUUGCUAGAAACUCGCAGGAGGAUGCGUCGUUACGACAACGAGCCCUAGCUCUCGAUUCGAAUAUCAAAAUGCUCCGAUCGUUCAUUGAUUCGUCGGUUAAAAAAGGCAGUUUGGAUUCUAAACAUGCAGAGAAACUGUCUGAAGAGUUGAGUAGAGCUAGAUAUACAUUGAGUGAAGGAGAUGCAGCUACAUAUCUUCCCUGCAAAUCACAUGGAAGUUUCUUGAGGAUGUUUCUUGGUCCGAUAAAUGUUCGUGCGAACCGGAAGGAUGUUCAAUUGAAAGUGAAGGAGGAAUAUUAUAGGUUCAGGGAUAGAACUGCGUAUCUGUUUCUGUUUUUCCCAUUGUUACUACUGGUGCUAAGGUCACAAAUUUGGGAUGGUUGUUUCCCUGCAUUACCCGUCCAGCUUUAUCAGGCAUGGUUGCUCUUUCUCUACACAGCCUUAGGGUUACGAGAGAAUAUAUUGAGAGUUAAUGGAAGUGACAUACGCCCAUGGUGGAUAUACCAUCACUAUUGUGCUAUGGCUAUGGCACUCAUCAGCCUCACUUGGGAGAUAGAAAAGCAACCUGACUGUGCCCUGAAGCAGAAAGGUAUACACUUGUUUUUGAGAUGGGCAAUCAUGCAAGGAGUAGCUAUGCUUCUACAAAACAGAUAUCAGAGGCAGAGGCUCUAUACACGCAUUGCAAUGGGGAAGGCUAGAAGAAUGGACGUUGUGUGGGGUGAAACUGCUGGAGUAAAAGGUCAAGUAUGGUUGUUGUUGCCUAUACUUUUCGUCCUGCAGGCUUUUGAAGCAUACGUGGGUGUGCUAUUGCUACAAACUGCAGUGGUUGGUGUUGUUUCUGAAUGGCAGGUCGUUACCUCUGGAAUCCUCCUUAUAAUCAUGGCUGUCGGGAAUUUUGUAAACACCGUGCAGACUCUUGUACUGAAAUCCCAAUUCAAAGCAAAAAUGAAGAGAGGUAAAAGCAAGAAUGACUUAACUCCAGCAUCCUCCCCGAGAAAGGAUCAAUGAUUCAGAAAGUCAUCUCGAUAAUCCUCCGAAAAAUGAUAUAUCAAGAAUUUUGCAGACAACUUCUGAUACUGCAAUCUAUCUGCAAAUGCGAAUCUUUUGAAUUCAUGAUUCAUGAACAGGUUAGCUUAGUGCAAGUUUGUUUCAGUUGUACACCAAAUUAAUAAAACAUUUAAUUAUCAUUGCAUUUUUUUGUCAUACAUAUGUAUUGUCAUUUUUGUCAUAUAUCUUUGCAUUUUUUGUCAUACAUAUGUAUUGUCAUUUUUGUUUUUCCCCUUUGUUUUUGUUUUUGUUUUUGCAUAUGACAAUACAUAUGUUUUACAAAACCUUCUCGAUAAGUCAAUCGGCACAUGGAUUUGAUGUCUGAACUCUGAACAAGGAAUGAGAGUAAAUUACAAUAGUAA